AUGAUAAAGAGUCAGUACCUGAAAUUUGUAUGUCCUGUUUCUCACCUGGUGAUUUUACCAAAGCUGCAGAUCGUCAAGGUGACAAUAUUAACCAUCAACACUGGGCAUCCUGUAUUGUAUCUGCUGAGGGCUUUACCAUCUUGGCUGGACCAUGGUCUGACAACACUAGCCUGGGGAUUCUGGGGGAAGUGGGUCACCAAGCAGGUCUGUCUCCCUCAGUCUCCCACAGGCAAAUUGAGUGCCCAUCCCAAGCAGGCCUUGAGAGCAGCAAUGCAGCCUGCUGAGCCAGAGCCAGAGCCAGAGCCAGAGCCAGAGCCACAGCUAGAAGAACCUGGGGACUACAGGGAGCCCAGCCUGGAGCCGUCUCCAGAGCCAAGGGUGGACCUGCAAUCAGAACCCACUGUCACAUUCCUGUUCACACUCCUGAACACUCCUGAGCCCAAAGAUGCUGAAUCGGACACUGAGACACUGGAGAGCCGGUUCAUGAGUCAGGAAGACUGGGGCCCUAAGAGGACUUCAAAGGAGAUACAGAAUUUGCAGAGGGACUGCGAGAGGCUUCAGGAGGCAUUGAACGCUAACCAAAUGGACAACCUGGCCCUUGAAGAGGAGCUACAGAACCUGCCUACCUCAUUGUACAAGAACCUGGAGGGAACUCUGCUCACUCUAAAGGACUCUAGACUCACCCAGGAGACAGCUGAAGUCUCUCAAGAGGAAGGAGGACACCCAAGAGGAAGCAGGAAUCACCCAGGAGGAAACAGGGGUCACUCAGGAGGAAGCAGGGGUCACCCAGGAGGAAGCAGGGGUCACUCAGGAGGAAGCAGGGGUCACCAGGGAGGAAGCAGAGGACACCCAGGACACCUUGGCUCUUGA